AAGGAUUAUGCACUUUAUUCAUUUGAAAUAUUCCCGGUACAAAGUCAAUUCAGGAAGUGAAUUUAAAUUCCAUUUCAACUUAAAGGAUGAUAGAGAGAGAUAGAGAAAAAUAGAGGGAGGGGUCUGACUGGAUGGGUCCUUAAAAAGGAGAGGAGGGAGAGGAAGAACUCAACUCACAGGCAGGACAGAGAGAGAGAGAGAGACUAGAACUCAACUCACAGGCAGGACAGAGAGAGAGAGAGAGAGAGAGAGACUAGAACUCAACUCACAGGCAGGACAGACAGAGAGAAAAUAGUGAAAACCUUUGUAGAUCUCUGAAGAAGUGAAGCUACAACUGAAGACUUCAGAAGGAGACAAUCACCAUGGCGAUGUUGACCACUCUUCUGCUUCUCAGCGCUGUCUUUGCUCUGGGAGAUGCAAGGGGUAGCGGAGGGGAUCGGCAUAAUUCAGAGGAACACAUUCAUCCUCCGAAAGAUCGGUCUGAUUCAGACGAACACAUUCAUCAUCCGAAAGAUUGUUCUGAUUCAGAGGAACACAUUCAUCCUCCGAAAGAUUGUUCUGAUUCAGAGGAACACAUUCAUCCUCCGAAAGAUUGUUCUGAUUCAGACGAACACAUUCAUCCUCCGAAAGAUUGUUCUGAUUCAGACGAACACAUUCAUCAUCCGAAAGAUUGUUCUGAUUCAGACGAACACAUUCAUCAUCCGAAAGAUUGUUCUGAUUCAGACGAACACAUUCAUCAUCCGAAAGAUUGUUCUGAUUCAGAGGAACACAUUCAUCAUCCGAAAGAGUGGCAUCACAGAGUCUGCCCAAACGGCUGGCCCAGAUAUAAGACACACUGCUAUCACUACGUCCCCUUCAUGGCCACAUGGCCAGAGGCAGAGAGGAAAUGUUUGCGCUUGGGAGGUAACCUGGCUUCAGUGCACAGCCUUCCCCAGUAUCGUUUCCUUCAGUCUGUCAUCAGGAAGAGUACCAGGAAAGUCCAGCGCACCUGGAUAGGAGCCAACGACGCCAUCAAGGAGGGUCUCUGGCUGUGGAGCGACGGGUCCAGGUUUAACUACCAGAACUGGGGCCCGGGUCAACCCUCUAACUAUAACCAUGGUGUUAUUAAGGACAACACGAACGGCCGGGAGCAUUGCAUGGAGAUGAACUAUGGAGCUUCUCGUGGCCAGAACGAUGCCCCUUGCUGGUUUACAUUUCCCUUCCUGUGUUCCAGAAAGUUGUGAUGUCCACAUUUUGGAAGAGACGACGUUGGAGAAGCUCUCUAAAGAUGAGAUUGUUUUAAAUAAAGGCACCAUCUGCAAUGUUA